AUGAGAGAGGCCAAAUCGGGCCUCUUCCGUGCGUGGGUGUACAAACCGAAUGGCAACAAGUGCCCGGGGCGUCGUCGCGACACGGAGGAGGCUGCGCAGGCGGAUCUACGAGAAAUGCUUCUCACGGGGCAACCCAGGCACGACGUCUUCAACGUGUGCCGUCGACAACUCGGCUUGAAGCGCAUGACGUGGCGUGAUUGGACGUCGCAUCCAGCUCUCGGUGCCGUGCGCACACCUGACGACAUCGCGCCGUCGUUACUACUUGAGCUCGAUAAGAGCUACGGCGGACCGCUUACUGCUCGUGCUCAUCGCGACAAGAUCAAGUACCUUACGAAGCGUAUUCCGCUGAUCGAGGCCCGGGCGCUGGCCCUCGAUGCGCACAUCCGGACUCUGCUACAACUGCACGCACGCGACCGUCUGUACGAGCUUUGCAAAGUCCAGGCUACGGACGUCGAGGACAUGAGCAAUACAGACCCGGCGGACAGAGAGGUCGCACCGACGGACCUUGCCAAGACUCAGACUGCGCAGCAGAAGCUGCGUCUGCGGGACCAAGGGCUUCUUGUGGUGCACGUGCUUCAACGCCUCUACAAGAACGACAACGAGAGCCUUGCUGCGCAGCGAGCAGACCUCGCGAACAACCAUGCGGCGAUGCGCGAACCUCAGCCCGUGCAAACCCGACCCGAUUGCGCAGCGGCUGCCAUCGAGGCGUACAAUCUUGCCAAGAGCUACACACCUCGUACCGUCGCCGGCUGGGUAAGUGAGUUCUUGUUGACGGGCGGCUUUCGCGAGGAUAAUCGCGGCCGGUGGCGCAGGGACUGCAUCAUGGGCGCGUUUCCCGGGCUACUCGACGACAUUAAGGCCUCGAUUGCGCACCCAGUACCCGGACACGGACCUCCGACAGUCGAGUCGACACAGCGAUUCAUCUGGAUGAAGAUGCGAGAGUACCUUGCCGAAGAUGACGGGACUUUGCGCGCGCUACUGGAGAGCCGCAAGAUCAACAUCAACAACGGCAUCUCGCUCGACACGGCUCACGCGUGGAUGCUGCGCGCCGGCUGCACCUACGACGAGAACCUCGAAAGCUACUACACCGACGGGCAGUUAAACAACAAAAUAUCCCAUUGCAUCACGACGCAGUACAAAGCGUUAUGCAAGUCGCUGCGUAUCUGA